UUUGUUAUCUGGAGAAAAUGUGGCUUGCCUUCUUCCUUUUGAGCAGUAGAACUAUUGUGGAAUGGUAAAUAUUUUGUGUGGAUGAUGACUAAUUAUUGUUGUCUUAAUUAUCAUACACAUGACACCAAAGUCAUUAACCGUGGUAGACAUUAGUUUGAAUCAUGAUCCUGUGACUGCUGAAUAGAGCAAGAUUUUAGUGUCAUCAUAGAUCAUGUAUAUCUAGGAUAAUUAAGUUUUAAGUCUAUUGGAACGACCACUUCAUUCUGUGGAAAAGUGAAAUAUAAAGUUUUACAAUAUUUAACGAUUGAUUUAACCAUGAUUUUGAUUAUAAUUUUGGGGAUUUUCUUUGCGAGUGGAAAUGCAUUAAAUUGCUUCGUAUGCAAUUCAGCCUUUGAUGAAAAUUGUGCAGCAAGAAAUCCUCCACUUUCAUUUUUAGUGGAAUGCUCAGAUCUCACGGCACAACCCUUUCCAAUCCUGCAUCCGCAUCAGAAUGUCUCAGAAAACGAUAAACGAGCAAUUAAUUACAAUAAUACCAGCAAUUUUAAGACUGGCAGUAAUAAUGAAGAUGCCGAUGGGACAGGCAGCACGAGUCGCAAUUUCACAUCAUGCAGAAAGAUGGAUGUCACGAUACCGGAGCAGGACAAUGGAGGUCACGUUAAGCACGAAACGGUGAGAAUUGUUCGGUCCUGUGGCUGGCGGGAGAAACCGGAAACGGACGUUUGCAGAGUAAUUUCGAGAGAAGGGAUUAUCAACACGCACUGCACUUGUCUUCAAGAUGCUUGCAAUCAAGGACACGUCUUCAGUAUCCCAAACUAUUUUUACGUCAUGAUAAGUGCAAUGAAUGCAAUUAUCGCAAUGUUUUAAUGGAUACAUGAAACAUACAUGAUACAUGAUUUUUUUGUUAGAGAAGUACGCCGUUAUCAAUUAUUUGUGUGCAAUUAAAUAUGAGUCAUGUGCAAUCAGGUAUCAAGAAUUUUUUGAGGAUUGAAUUUCUAAUGAGGAAUAAUUUUAUCGAUUAAAAUCUUUUCAUUUUAUUAGACUUACCAAUUUCAUACCAUCGAUGUUACAAACAAUUUCGCAUAUUAUCUAAUUUUAAUAAAUUCUGAUAAAUUUUUAAAUUUUCAA